GAGAGAGAGAGAGAGAGAGGUCCAGGAGCUCUGUGCUGCAGCCGCAGCAGAAGCAGCAGCAGCAGCACAGAGCCGUACAGGAGAGAGCGUGUUCUGUAGACGAGGGGGAGAGAGAGAGAGAGAGAGAGAGAGAGGGAGAGAGGGAGAGAGGGGCGUUACGCAAGCAGAGACACCGUGCCGAGAGCCCCUCUUUGAUCCUCACAUCGGACAGAUGCCACGCCGGCUCCGCCAGAACCACCGGACUCUCUCUCCCUGCGUCUCCGCCGGAGAUCUGCUCCUCUGUGGCUCACCGCUCGUCUCUCUCUGCUGACGCCCCUCCCUCUGCCUCCCGGUGUAUGACGGCAGACCGGCACCACAGCCCGGGAGCGGCGUGUCUCUUCAGGGGGAAGGAUGAGUCCGGAUGAAGGGGUCGCCGCGCUUCUAGAAGGUUGAGAGACCCUCACCCCGGAGGGGGGGUCGUCCGACCGGGUGGGCACCGGUGGGCUGUGGUCUGAGUCCCGCAGUGCUGCUGAGUUGCAGGUUUUGAGGCAGAUCAUCUCCCAGGACCUCCGACGAGCGGCGCGGUGAACCAGAAGCCCCGAAGCCUCCAUGAUGUCCCGGAGUCGAUCGAGCGGGGGCGGCUCCUCCAGCCUCCCCCAGUCCUCCAGCCUCCCCCUCCCCACCAGCUCCGUCUCCCCCAAGAUAGACGCCGUCCGGCAGCAGCAGCAGCAGCAGUACACCCCCCUGCCUGCCCACCUGGCCGCUCAGCUCCAGCGCGCCCGGAGCCGCUCGUUCUACGGCUCGUCUCCGUCGUCGGCGUCGACCACGCCCUCGGCGGUGGACGUUCUCCAGAGAGCCGCUCUGAAGAACCAGCUCCUGCAGGAGCAGCAGCAGCAGCAGCAGCAGCAGCAGCAGCAGCACAAGGGCCUCCCCGCUGCUGCCGGGAAGGCUGGUGGACGUGGUGGUGGAGGUGGUGGGGAUGGUGGUGGGGCCGGGCGGCCUCAGAGAGCCAUAGGGACGCGUUCGGCCUACAGCAGCCCCCAGGUACCCAAGAGGGAGGUACCGCGCACCAAGGACACCUUGGACCUCCGCGGGGGGUCCCUCCCCCAGAAGAGCCUGCGGGGAGAGGACCACCAGACCAGGAGGAACACCAACCAGAACUGGACCUUCGGGAAGUACCGGCUCCGGAGCGUGGACAACGCGGACAGCGCGGACCCGUCGGCGGCGUCCCGCGGCGUCCUGGCCCACUCGCCGCCGCCGCCGCCGCCGCCGCCCCAGUGCCGGGCCGGGAACGGGAACGAGGCGCCCCCAGGGGGGAGGAGACACAGCCACAAGGAGAGCGGGAACCUGCUGGCCAACCAGACGGGGGCCGUCAACAUGGCCGCUGUCGCCCCCUUCAGGUUCAGCAGGCUCCAGGUGACUGAGGAGACCGACCCCUCUGUGGAUGACCUGAGUGACUGCUCCUCAGACUCCAUGGAGGUCUGCUGUGAGGACCUGGACCCGGAGUCCCAGAGGAAGCGCACGGUGCAGAACGUCCUGGACCUGAGGCAGAACCUGGAGGAGACCAUGUCCAGCCUGCGGGGGUCCCAGCUCAGCCACAGCUGCCUGGAGGCGGGCCCGGCGGGCUACGACAGCGACGACACCACCGCCCGCAGCAUGUCCAGCCUGUCCAACCGCUCCUCGCCGCUGUCCUGGCGCCACGGCCAGGCCUCGCCACGGCUGCAGGCGGGCGACGCCCCCUCCUCGGCGGGCAGCGUGUACCAGGGGGGCGUGGCCUCGGGCCGGGGCGGGGCCCACACGGCGCCCGCCCGGGGCCCCCCCGCCCGCCUGGGCAGCUGCUCCACCUCGCGCAUCGAGCUCAUCGAGGGCCUCGACGACGCCGACCUCAAGUCCGGUUACCUUAGCGACAGCAACCUGCCCGACGACGACGACCAGUUGGCCAAUGGAUGGGACGAGAGCAGCUCCAUCAGCAGCGGCCUCAGCGACGGCGACGGCGAAGUGUCGGACAACCUGAGCUCUGAGGAGUUCAACGUCAGCUCCUCGCUCAACUCCCUCCCCACCACCCCGCUGGGCUCCCGACGCAACUCCUCCAUCAUGCUCCGUACGGAUGCAGAGAAGCGUUCCCUGGUGGAGAGCGGUCUGUCCUGGUACAGCGAGGUGGGCAAGCCCGGCCGCAAGCUGGACCCGGGCGGCGGCGUGGCGGGGGGCUACGAGACGGGCAGCCUGAAGACGGAGGCGCCCAGCAAGUGGAGGAAGAAGCCGCCGCCCCCGCCGUCCCACCCGAGCGCCGGCGGCGGCGGCGGUGGCGAGGACUGCACGGCGUCGCUGACGGGGGUCCGGGGCGAGAUGGCCCGGAAGCCCCAGAGCCUGGGGGGGCAACCGGGGAGCCUGAAGAAGGGACGCAACCCCCCCGUGGGGGUCACCUCCCCUAUCACACACACCUCUCAGAGCAUGCUCAAAGUGGCAGUGGCUCCUUCCAAGCCCCUCGAUAAGUCCAAGAUGUCGGUGAGGACGGCGGGGCUGCAGCGGUCCCGCUCCGACGCAGGCCGGGACCACCACACCGAGUACCGCAAGCCCCCCUCCGGCCUCACCAAGCCCUCCGCCGGCACCUCCUUCGGCUACAAGAAGCCCCCCAUGGCCACGGGCACCGCGGCCGUGCUGACAGCAGGGGGCGCCACCCUCUCUAGUGGCUCCUCCACCCUGGGCAAGACCCCCAAGACCUCGGGCAUCCCCGUGAAGCCCCCGGGGGCCCCCACCGGCCGCAAGAACAGCUUCGACGCGGGCAGCGAGCAGGGCUUCGGCCCCCACUCCCGCAACAGCAUCCAGUACCGCAGCCUCCCGCGGCCCGCCAAGUCCAGCACCCUCACGCUGAUCGGACGCCCCGGGGCCCGGCCCGUCAGCGGCGUCAUGGACCCCGGGCUGCUCAGCCUGAAGCCCGUCCCCAUGGCCUCCUCCGGGCCCCGCAUGAAGGAGACCUGUGGGGGAGGAGGGGGAGGAGGGGGAGGGAAGACCGGGCGGGGCGGCUCGGGCCCGGGCGUGAACCAGACGGACCGGGAGAAGGAGAAGGAGCGGGCCAAGGCCAAGGCGGAGGCGUCGGACAUGGACUGCUGCUCGCUGAAGGGGGAGCGCGGCGGGCGCGCCGAGCCCCCGGGGACGGGGGAGUCCACCGUCAAGCUGCACGGCCUGAGGAGAACCGGGAGCGGGAAGUACCCCGAGCUGUCGUCCCCCACCACGCCCAGGAUGCUCCAUUCCAAGUCUCUGGGCCGGCCCCCCAGUCUGGCCCACCUGGACAAGGUCAACUCCAACAGCCUGGACUCGUGCAUCACCAUCCAGGACCUGCCGCCCAAGGUGCCGCCCUACUCCAAGCUGGCCGACCUGGCGGGCUCUCGCACCGCCACCUCCCCCACCGUGCCCCACCACCACCACCACCACCACCGCCUCACCCCCAGCCCCGCCCCCGUCCUCUACGUGGACUCCCCGGGCUGCUACACCAGCGAGAGCCUGAGCCUGGGCGCCUCGCCCCUGCUGUACCCCAAGCUGUCGGGGGUCCACCGCAGCAUGGAGUCCCUGCCCCUCCAGAUGAGCGUGCCCCCCGUCAGCCGCUACGCCAGCCGGGCCGAGGAGAGGGGCGCCGGGACCUGGGGCGCGGGGUCCCGGUCCGAGUGUCACGACCGGGAGGAGCGGGGCACGGGGACCUGGGGCGAGAGGAGCCGGUCCGAGUGUCACGACCGGGAGGAGAGGGGCACCGGGACCUGGGGCGCGGGGUCCCGGUCCGAGUGCCACGACCGCGAGGAGAGGGCGAGCUGGGGGGCGGGCAGCAGGACCUCGCUCAACCUCCCUGAUUGCUUGCAGGUGGACAGGAACACCCUACCCUCGAAGAGAGGCUUAGAACGUUACAGCUCCAGCCUAUCAGAGAGCAGCGACGGCGGCAAGCAGGGCCGGCGCCACUCCCACACGGUGGCCAGCAUGACGGACAGUGGCAGCCCCCCCCUGCUGCCCUCGCCCACCCGCCUGCUGCACCCGUCCUCUGGCAAGGCCCCGCCCACCAACAUCGUCGCUCCCAUCACCUGUGCCAGCCCCCGGAUCGCGCGGUCCAAUAGCAUCGGCCCUCCCACUGACUCCGCCUACGACCUGUAUGGCUCCUCCCCCGUGGGCAGCAGCCUGUCCCUGGCCGACCGGCCCAAGAGCAUGAUGCGCUCCGGAUCCUUCCGGGAGGCCGGCGAUGACGUCCAUGGCUCUGUGCUGUCCUUGGCAUCUAACGCUUCGUCUAAUUAUUCAGCGAAUGAGGAAAGGAUUCAAGGGGAGCAAAUCCGCAAGUUACGACGAGAGCUGGAGUCCUCCCAGGAGAAGGUGGCCAACCUGACCAAUCAGCUGUCAGCCAACCUGGGCCAGGCUAAUUUGGUAGCAGCGUUCGAGCAGAGUCUGGCCCUGAUGACUGCCCGCCUCCAGACUCUGUCUGACUCUUCAGAGAGCAAGACCGGAGUGUCGCCCCUCCAGGAGUCUGAGCUCAGCGAGCUGAAGGAGACCAUCGAGAUCCUGAAGACCAAGAACACGGAGGCCCAGGAGAUCAUACAGGGAGCCCUGAGCCACCCGGACAUGGCCCCGCAAGAGCUGGAGAUCAGGCGUGAGAACUCGUCGGAGAGCAUCACCAGUCUGAACAGCAUCACCAGCCACUCCAGCAUGGGCAGCCUGAAGGAGCAGGAGGCCAAGAAGAAGAAGAAGAAGAGCUGGCUGCGGAGCUCCUUCAACAAGGCCUUUAGCAAGAAGGGCUCCAAGCUGUCGCUGUCCUACGCCGACAUCGAGGAGAUCUCCACCCCGGAGACCUCGGCCCCCUCCUCACCCAAGAUCCGCCACGCCCGCGACAUCUCCCCCCCGUCCCUGAAGAUCUCCGCCUCCGCCUCGUCCUCCUGCCUGGAUGAGGAGGGGGAGCCAGGGGAGGAGAAGGAGGUGUGCACCCUGCGCUCGGAGCUCUGGGAGAAGGAGCGCAAGCUGACCGACAUCCGCCUGGAGGCGCUGAGCUCCGCCCACCAGCUGGAGCAGCUGCAGGAGGCCAUGACCAGCAUGCAGAGGACCGUGGAGAACCUGAAGGCGGAGAACGACCAGCUGAAGACGGGCGGGCCCCCGUCGCCCACCCCCUCAGGGGGGGGGCCCUCCAGCUCGGCCUCCCAGUCCUCGGGCCUCACGGCCAUGGGGGGCACCUCGCCCCGCCUGUCGGCCCACCUGCCCAAGAGCUUCAGCCGGGGGCUCAGCGACAGCUCCUGCUCAGACGUCUUCUUCCCUGCGGACUCCGUCAGCUCCUCCCUACAGAGGGACGACCACCGUGUGCGCGUGGUGGUCUGUGUGGCGGACCUCCAGGUCUUCAAGGAGGAGGUGAAGCAGCAGGACUUCUUCGUUGGUACCGUGAGAGUCAACGGGCGCAUGGAUUGGCCGAUGCUGGAUUCAGCCGUCAGUCAGGCUCUUAAGGUGUACAUCGCCAAGGUGGACCCCACGGCCAGCCUGGGCCUGUCCACGGACUCCAUCUACAGCUACAACAUGGGCCACAUCAAGAGGGUCCUGGGAGGGGAGGCCCCUGAGAGCCAGCCCUCCCGGUGCAUGUCCAGGGCCCCCACCAGCAUCACUGUGGCCCUCAAAGGCCUGAAGGAGAAGUGCGUGGACAGCCUGGUCUUCGAGACGCUGAUCCCCAAGGCGAUGAUGCAGCACUACAUCAGCCUGCUGCUGAAGCACCGUCGCAUCAUCCUGUCUGGGCCCAGUGGCACGGGGAAGUCGUACCUCACCACGCGCCUCGCCGAGUACCUGGUGGAGCGCAGCGCCCGCGAGGUCGGGGCCGGCAUCGUGGUCACCUUCAACAUGCACCGCCAGUCCUGCAAGGACCUACAGCUCUACCUGUCUAACCUGGCCAAUCAAAUCGACCGGGAGACGAGCACAUCGGAGAUACCGCUGGUGAUCAUCCUGGACGACAUCAACGACCCGAUCUCCAUCAGUGAGCUGGUGAACGGGGCACUCACCUGCAAAUAUCAUAAAUGUCCUUACAUCAUCGGGACCAGCAAUCAGCCGGUGAAGAUGACUGCCAACAACAGCCUUCAUCUCAGCUUCAGGAUGGUGACGUUCUCCAACAACGUGGAGCCGGCCAACGGCUUCCUGGUGCGCUACCUCCACAGGAAGCUGAUGGAGUCGGAGGACGAGAGGAACCUGACCAACGAGGACCUCCUCCGCGUGCUGGACUGGGUGCCCAAGCUGUGGUACCACCUGCACGCCUUCCUGGAGAAGCACAGCACCUCCGACUUCCUCAUCGGGCCGUGUUUCUUCCUCUCCUGUCCCGUGACGGUGGAGGACUUCCGCUCGUGGUUCAUUGACCUGUGGAACCACUCCAUCAUCCCCUACCUCCAGGAAGGGGCCAAGGACGGCUUCAAGGUCCACGGCGGGCAGAAGGCGCCCUGGGAGGACCCCGUGGAGUGGGUGAGGGGCAGCCUGCCCUGGCCCUCAGCCAAGCAGGACCAGGCCAAGCUGCUGCACCUGCCUCCCCCCAGCGGGCCCUCGGGGGGCCCCGGCCCCGCCAGCGAGCUGCGGCACCAGGAGACGCCCCCCAGCUCCAUGGACUCGGACCCCCUGAUGGCGAUGCUCCUGAAACUACAAGAGGCGGCCAACUACAUCGAGUCCCCAGACAAAGAGGACCCCAGCCUGCCUCGACUUUAAACACAGAGUCCUCAACGGCAUCACUGUUCUGCGUUUCAUUUGCAGCUUUUUAUUGUCAUUUAUUUUCUUUUUUUUUAGGGGAGACAAAAAAACAACUUUACUUACAUCGGCCGUUUAAAAUUCUCUAGAAGCUGUUGCAUUCCGUUGUGUUUGUCCUCUAGGGGCCACCGUAGCCCUCAGCUCCAUCAGACAGGUGCUCUCCUUCCUGUAAGCUUAGUUCUUAUUCGUUGUCUUUAGGCACUAAAUCAGGUGAUUCCUGCAACAGCACACGGUGCACCCGCUACACAGCAGGACAAUUCACCGAGUCUUAACACACGGCGACUGGUAUCCACACGUAGGAAGAGUACGACAGCAUGAGAGAUGUUCAGCUCGGAACGCAUGGUCCUCUAUAAAAACAUAUCCCAGUUAUCAUGCCUUCGAUGGCCGGCUGUUACACAUAUGCAACCAGUGGCGUCCCCCCGACCACAAGCAGGUGAAGGUUUGUCUGGGUUCAGUCAAACCGCAUGCCUUAAACGCCAGGACUCGGCAGAGUCAGCUUCGAGCAGGUCAUGGUGCUUAGGCGAGCGCUGUCAUCCCGUCUGCUGUCGACUCUUUAACACUCAAACCACGGCGAGGAUGACCCCCUAAUAUCUAUCAGCGGCGGACGACCCCGGUCUGCUGGCGUAGCCCGUCAUCUCCCACGCUAGCCGUGCUCGUGUCACAAGUGCCGUCGUGCUCGUCUGCGUGAAACCCCCAGCGAACUUCUAGGCUUCUCUCUGUGCCCCUUUGCCCCGUAACCCUGUGUGUUUCCUGUUCCUGUUCCCCUGCCAUCGCCGACUUGAUCCAACUCAGCAGUGUUUGACACUAAGGCCAUAUGAAUCAGGUAUACAGUAUUACUUCAGUCUGUACUCGGACAUAGGCACGCCACAUCACACCGGAGGUACAGCCCCAGCCGAUGCAAUUUGCAUCUCAUCUCGUCUCUUCCUGAGUGUUUCCCUAGAUAUCAUAUAUUGGUCAUGUUGUUCAUGUGAAGAUGAUCUCUCAUCGCUAUAUGAGUUGUUUUAUUUACACUAGUUGCAUGGUGCGAAUAUCUAAUAUGCUGAACCAAAUACUGUAGGUCCAUCUCGUGUUUUUUGGACGGUCUGGUUUGGUUUUUUUUCCAACGUUUUUCACCUUGUAUGAAUGUAUAGGUUUGAUUUAGAAAACACACUGCCAUCUGACCACUUCAACCAUUCAGAGUGCUUGUAAAGAAGAGCCUUAUUAUUGUUAUGAUUCUGAUUCUGAUUAGUAAUUGUAUUAAUAGUAUUAUAAGCGGCAGUGUGCAAAUAGCAACCAUAACAGACAUGAGCAUUUUUUCUAAGUUUUAGGGGAAUUGAAAGCCAUCUUUCCCCGCUUCAUUCAACACAUAUUUGCUGCAUCUCUUGUCCAAUAUCCAUACAUAUAUAAAAAGCUAGGUACUUAUUUAGAUACUUGGGUUCUCUUUCACAAAAUGUACCAUUCAAUAUAGUGUAUUUACAGCCAGGUAAGCUACAAAAUAAAAGUCAUUUUUAUAAUUCCUUUGAAAAGUGUUAGUAGGAGACGGUUCUGUUUGAACAGAUCUAAAGCAUAAAGUUUUUUCACUUUAAAAAAGUAAACUUGUUAAAAUAUAUAAUGUGGCACAUCGUUGCGGUGUUGAUGGUUGUAAAGUAUGUUUAAAGAAACAGUGGUGCGCAGAACAUGCUCUCGUUCUAUGGAAAGUCGAGAGAAAUUUUGGUUUAAAAAGCCACAAUAUGUGACCCCCACAUGGACGUUUACUUCAAUGUAGCCUACUUAGUGUAAUUAUUAUUUUAUACUCAAAAUAAGGUUCUAAUAGAUGACAAAGGGCGGUCCAAACGUGGGCUAUGGUGUUUGUUGUCAUCCAAAAUGUCAUUUGUCCAUUCCAUGUGUCGUCAGGCCUGAGAUUUUUCACUUGUGGACAUACAUAACAACCUAAAAGAAUGUCGGACCAAUCUAAAUGUAGUGAAAACUGCUUUAUAACUUAACGGCAUAGCCAAACUACAUUUACAGAGCUUCUUGGUUUAUUUUCUUUGCACCUUUGCAUACACCUAACGAUUGUUUUACCAUUUAACUUCUGCAGCUGACUGCCCUUCUAACUAAAUGACCCCCAUUCCAAGCUACCUUCACGUGACCCAAUGAUGCCAAGCCUUUAGUGGCUCCUCUGGCUCCCAAUCAAAAGAGAAGCUUGUCCUUGUAAAUACUUGAGGUAGUCUUCAACGCCCCCACCUUAAUUGAUGUUAGGAUAGGCCCCCCCAUGCAGGAGUCACCCCCUCUUGUGUCACCAUCGUCACAUUCACUGGUUAUUGUGCCUGUUGCUCUGUGAUAGCUGUGACGUGUGUUUGGUUUGAACCGACUAAAACAGCACCUUCUGCCAGUGUUGGUGAUCGCUAGUCUGGGAGUAGUAUAGCGUCCACCAAGUGUAGGACGGAGAUCUCUGGACCAAAGUGGAUUUGCAGUACAUGCAAAGAGUGUAAAGCCUUAUUGAUGAUGAGCGGCAGCGCGGUUGCAUGAAAUGUGACUGGAACAAGGUGCAUCAUGGUCUUAAUUCUCUUCAGUGGCCGUGAAGGGGAGAUUAAACACUGACUUGACGAUGGAAAUAGACCUCUACAGUUGAGGUCCCUGCGACUCUGGUUGCAGUUAGUGGAGAUGGGGUGGGGGUGGGGGGGGGGCUGGAACAACACGUUGGAGCUCAGGCCAAUACAGGUUGCUGAAUAGUCAUCCUUUUAUCAAUCUUGUCGUGAACUAAAAAUAAGACUUACAAAUGUAACGCGGUAUGUGAAGUCACUUUGUGCAAAUGUGAUGGGUUUAAAAUCAAGUGUUCUCCAUGCAUGUAAAGUCGCGGUGUGACGAGGAGAUGUUGACCAUGUCGAGGCUUCUUUUACGGGGAGGAUUCCCAUUCCCAUUGUUUUUUCCUUUUUAAAAAAAACGGGAUAAUUGAACUUUCUUUUUUCUAAAGGAUCCUUUGUAAAACCUGAUUUCCCUAUUUUGUACAGGACACCACAGUUGUAAAGAUUGUAAAUAAGUUCUACAUACCGGAAGCGGCAACAAUCGUUCUUGAGGCUAAAAUAUGAGCUAUAUUUCAGAGUGACGGCAUGCGUCUGGAGACCUCUUCAUCCACCUCUCACUGUCUGUGGACGUCAAUAAAACAUGUCAUUAUAGA